AUGGGUAGUGCUGACUCCUUCGCCGCCGAGGCGUUUACACUGCUCUCUAUUGGCAUCUCGGUUAUUGGGUUGCGAACGUUUGCGAGGAUACGACAAGUCGGCGUGAGGAACUUUGAGGCCGACGAUUACCUCAUGCUGCUGGCGAUUAUUCCGUAUACGAUCGAGACGGCGCUUGCGUAUACUGUUGGAGCAAAGUUCCACGGGCUGACAAAUUCUGGCAUGACAGAUGAGGAGCGCAAGGCUCUGUCGCCGCACAGUGAAGAAUUUACGUGGAGGGUUGGAGGAUCCAAGAUCCAGAUCGCUGGUUGGAUCAUGUAUGGAUCCUGUUUAUGGGUGAUCAAGAGUGCGUUAUGCGCUUUCUACUUCCGACUCACGGCUGGACUCACCGGAUACAAAACUCGAAUCUACAUCGGCUUCGGCUUCAUAGCCUCGACCUACAUCGCCAUUAUAUGUUGUAUUCUCUUUAGUUGUCGUCCGUUUAACCGCUUUUGGCAAAUAUACCCCGACCCAGGCAACUUCUGUCAUCCCGCGAUAUCCAGGCUUUACAUCUUCAUCAUUGUCAGCCUCAACAUCCUAACGGACGUUUACUUGCUCGCCAUCCCUAUUCCGAUGCUUUGGGGCGCUCGCAUUCCCAAGGUGAAGAAGUACGGACUAGUUGUGCUUUUCUCUGGCGCUGUAUUUGUGAUGGUUGCUGGUUUGCUACGAUGUAUCCUCAUCCUCAAGAAUCCCAAAUCGGGUCCUAUUGAAGGUGCUAGUUGGGCAGUCCGAGAAUCCUUUGUUGCCGUCGUGACAGCCAAUCUUCCCAGUACCUGGGGAUGGAUGCGACAAAAGCUCAAACCCAUCUUCGGCUCUCUUCUCUCGUCCAACAACGUCAGCUCAAAGUACAAAGGCGGCCCCGAACCUGGAAGUAUCAUGCUCGCCGACGGAAAUGGAUCAAACUGGAAGAGGAGUAAUGGAAGAUCUAUCAGAUCAACGACGGGGCUUGGAAGUGUGAAUGAUCGGAAUGUGUACAUUCACGGAGGAGGUGGCGAGGCUAGUUCGGAUGAAAUAAUUCCCUCAAUGCCUGGGAUUACAAAAGAAGUAGAGUUUACGGUCGAGGAGUCGAAUGCAAGAAAAUGA